AACUGAUAAAUGUCAACGUUAAUAGUUGGAUAACUAAAUCAAGAUUUGUGUCAUCAAUUGUUUUAUUAAUAUUCGUGUAAAAGUUUUUAAAAGCCAAACUAUUUGUUAUAUCCAAGUGUUAAUAUUAUUUGUUAAAAAUGGUCGUCAAAGAAUACGAAAUGUUCAAACAAGAAGUUGUGAUGAAAUUGAAAGAAGUGAAUAGCAAUGCUGAUAAGUUACUGUUUAAAGCUCUAAGUUUGCUUAAAAUGCAACAGGCGCAGGCGUCAUCAAAACCGUUAACACAAUUAAUAAAAGAAGCCGAGGUCGCAGAACAAUCAAAGAUUGAUAUGUCACAGAACAAUAAGAAGAGGAAAAUGUCCUCUGAUGAUGAAGGCUAUCUUACAGAAGCAUCAAGGCUAAAGAUUGCCAAGAUUGCUGGUACUACUAAAAAACAAGUUAAUAACUCAUCUCACACCAAGUAG